AUGAAAGUUGCGUCAAGUGUGAAAGCAAUAUUUCGAGAGUAUCUUGAGACCGUUAUUGAUAAGGAUCUCAGAUUGAAAGAGACAAAGAAGUCUUUAAUAAGAUUAUUUACAAAGUCUUUUGAGAAUCCCGCUGAUCAGGAAAAAUUCGACAGGAUGCAGAUUGUCUUUUUGCAAUUAAUGGAAAGUAUACCCGUUAAUCCUUUAAAUGAUCUUAUCAGCGAGGGCACUCUGACCGCUAACAUAAUCAGCCCAAUAUUAUAUCCUUCUCGGGCAAAACAACCCGAUAUGAUCGGUAAUAUUAUUAAUAAUAACAAAUGCAAAUACGAAGUAAUGUUUGGAGAAAUUACUGGAGAAGGAAAAAAUAACAACGCAAAGAAAAAUAGUCUGGAUCUUCUAAGGCUUGGUAUAUUUAUGAAAGAUUCACUCAAUUGUCUCAUCAAAAAUACAGGAGAAAAUCGUAUUGUGUUUGCGUGGCAGAUAAUUG